GAAACUGAACAUUGAUCCUGUAGAUGGCGGUACGCACAGAACCCCAGCUCAAGUACCGGAUCGGCGACCUAUCUUCAACUGUCACGGGGUCGUUGGUGUAUCGCAUCUGUGCAAGACUACCAGGAAGUAAUUAGACAGCAUUCGGGUUUCAGAAGUAGUCGAAAGAGGUGCGUAGCGAAACUCGGAGUGAAAACAAAACAAAACAGGAAAAAUAAAACCCCCGACUGUAAGAACAGCUGACUUUAGUCCUUUAAGUCUUGGAAGGAUUAUAAAGAAAAUCGUGAGGUUGACGAAGCAGCGGGUUUUGCCGGACUCUAUAAGGACAGUUAUUUUGUUUCUGAUUGGUAGAGCCAUGGCUACAGGGGGUGGUGAGGACCCCUUCAAGCCCAGUCAGAACAAAGAAAGUAAACCACCACACCCCCCGGUGACAGAAGAGCACGUGGUGGAGGAGACGGAGGGGGUUUUCAACAGCUACGUCUUCUACCGAUACCACCAGGAGAGAGAGCAGGAGGGCAAUGACCUGCCCAGGGACCCCGAGAUCAUGGAUCUGCGCCCCAACAGUGGCAGCACCACGUCACGGGUUGGGCAGCAGCUGGCUCUUAUUGGCGAUGACAUCAACAGCCGCUACGACCUCAACUUUACCAACAUGCUUUCUCAACUGGCGCUCACCCCAGAGAACGCCUACGACUACUUCUGCAAAAUAGCCAACAGCCUGUUCGACUCUGGGAUUAACUGGGGCCGGGUGAUUGCUCUGCUCAGCUUCGGGUACAGGAUGGCGCUGCAUGUCUUCCAGCAGGGCAUGCGAGGGUUCCUGAGCCGCAUCGCCCGCUUCAUCGCCGACUUCGUCCUGCGUAACCGCAUCGCGCAGUGGAUCGCUCAGCAGGGCGGCUGGGUGGCUGCGCUGGACCUAGACAAUGUCUAUCUGAACUACAUGUUGGUGCUGGUGGCCGUGGGGCUGGUGAGCCUGUUCAUAGUGAGGCGCUUCUUCAACUCCUGAUGGGACUCCAGCCACACGCUGAUCAUCACAAGCCAGAGAGCCAGCAACAACACCAGGAGCAGUACCACUUCAAGGAGGCGUGGGGGGAGAGAGAAAGUUUGCAUGGACUGUACCACUUGGGUGGGAGGAGAGAAUGGACAAAUAACACUACCUGGAGGAUAAUGUAAAAAAAUAUAUAUAUAAAUAUUUAAAUGAACUGAAAAAUCAUGUUCAGGGAAAUAAGUCGCAGUUUUGUGCACAGCUUUUAAAUAAUUUUAGAUUCCCCCGCCCCCAUUCUGUUUAGACCUUUUUGAGAUGCAAGCAUGGAGGAUGUUCUCAGCGGCUAACUCCCUUUUUUCGAUCAGCCCUAUUUGGAAGUUCUCUGCCUGACCAAUGAGGUGGAGCUGUGCUCAGUCAGGCCCUCGGAUUGAGAGGUGAGAUCGAGUGCUUAGGAUACCUCAGGAACAUCACAGCAGUCUUCUGACCAUCCAGCUGAAAAACGUUUAGAAGAAUGCCAGAAACGCCCUUGCUGAUGUCAUUAAUGCUACUAGGGCUAUCCAUUUACAUGGUCUUGGACUCGUUUUUGAAUUUCAUAUCUGUUUUUUCUUGCACAAUAACGACGUAGUGAGACGUUGAUUUGCUUUGGCACUCCCUUGCUGUUAGUCGUAAGUUUCUCUGCUGUCCUGCCUCUCUUCUUGGGCCCUCAAACUGUAAUCAUUCCUAUGUAGGGGUCGCUGCACGCACAGACACAGUUAUGCAUGUUUUCAGUUCUGUUGUAUUAGUAAUAGAAAGCAUUGUACCUGCCCUGUUCGGACUCACUCCGUUUCCAUUCCUCCGUUCCUGUAACAGCCCUGAAAGCACAGCAGGGUGUGACUUUUCCUUUACCUGUAGAUAGUCUGUCUGAUUUACCGGUUCAACGUACUUACCUCAAACCCCUGCAGUCUGCAUGGCAGUAUUGGGAAUGGUGCUUGUUGCAAACUCCCAUGUACUACCUGGCUUCAGUGCUGGAUUCGAAUGGCUAUUAAAGUACAGGUUCUUCUUUCAUCCUGCCAGAUACCUCAUUGUUGGGAGCUAACAGUACACCUCCUGUGCAGUGUGAUGAACACCAAUGGCAUUGACUUGCAGUGCCCCAUUCUGUUUCCGCUGUUCAUGGAUAUUGUAACUCUGUUGUUUUGACUGUUCAGAUAUAAUGGGUGCAGAAGAGAACAGUGCUUUAUAACUCGGGGACCUAAAAGAGCAUCAGGUCAUUUUACAACAGGCAUUUUAGACUGCUUGCUUCCAACCACAUUAUUUGAGAACCCUCAAACCUGUUUGAAUAUUGAUCUUCAGACCUGCUAUGCUAUGCACCCAGAAACAUUGUACUGUAUGUAAAAACUAUCUGUAAAAAUGACUUGCAAUCAAUGUGCAAGAACGUUGGUAUCAAUACCUAGUAAUUGCCUUUAGAGAUGUAUUGCUGUUGGUACUUCCUUUAACAGAACCCAUUGGGUAACCCUGGGUAUCGUGCAAUAUUGGACCAGGCGAUAUCGAAACAGGACCAGGCGGGUUCCCAGAGAAAUAGUUCUGCACUCAGGCAUGGCACAGCUUUACUUCUUUAUGCAAAUGAAACACGGCCUAUCAUUUGCAUAGGUCUUAUUUACCUGUUCCUGAACUCAAAAUGCAAAUACAGUGGAAAAGACACAGUUGGAUCGAUGGAUAUAUAGAUAGAUAGAAAGAGGGUUCGAUUGUGCUGAUGCAAGUGUCAUUAAUACUUGGUUUUCUAUUGGAACAAGGUGAUGGCUACUCUCUGGUUUAGUGAUGCAGGAGAAAAUGCUGCUUUUGUGUGUCUUCAUAAAGGGAUCAUCAUUAUCAGAUAUUUUUUUGGAAAGAAGUGAGUGUUUUCAGAUCAGCCAAGUAAGGGACUACAUGUGAACAGAGUCACAGGUAGUUUGAUUCUGUAAGCACUGGCUAUAAGCCAUGGCUACCCCAGGAGGUUGGGGGUUGGUGGUUGGUGGUUGGUGGGGGGGGACCAGAGCUGACAUCACUGUUAGUUCUUGGAGAACAGAGCAGAUGUGCCCCCAGCUCCAGUAUUAACCGGCUGCUGCUAACAGUCCAGAUUGAACCAAUGUGCUGUUAGGGGUUCCCCCGACGACAGGAGCCGAGGUGCUUUAUGUUAAAGAGACUCUGUGAAGACACUUAACUUUAGGAGGAGUGUGUGGUUUUAAUAAUGUGAAGUGGAAAGCAUGCCUGCAAUUGAGGGGGGCUUCACUCUCUAGGGAUACUGCACUUUCCUUUUAAGAAACUCCCUGAAAUUCUGUGAAAAACUGUAUGGUUGCUGUCCUAGGUCCGUUCAGGGUGGUAUGAAUUCUGUGGUAUUUCUAUGAAGUAUUUAUCGCUAUUCUUAAUGCCUUCUCCCUUAUGAACUCCAUCAAGUGAAACUAAAGAAUUCUACAGGCAUCUUUUUCAAUGUCUGAGAAGCAGAAGUGUGCUUCCCAGCUAUGCAAUGUCAAGAUUUUCUUAUCUGGUAUUGGAACUACAAUCUGUCCUGCUGACCUGGGUUUGGAAAUAUACCAUCUCUUAGAUUGAACGUUUUUUUAUUUUUUAUUAUUGCUUUUUAAACAUUAUUAGGCUGGGAGAAAUUGCUAAUCAGACGGAAAGAUACUUGACUGUUACCUCUAUAUGUGCAAAAAAUAAAAUAAAUUACUGUUCUGGUUCAA